AUGUACGUCAAUGCUGGAGCCAUGCAAGAAGCACGUAAGCUGUUUGAUGAAAUGCCUGAGAGGAGUCUUGUUUCUUGGACCAUAGUCAUGUCCGGGUAUGCUCGGCAUGGACCUGCUUCUGAAGUGUUGAUGAUGUUUUGGGACAUGUUGUGUGGUUCGGGAGGUGGGUUGUUGCGGCCGGAUUCUUUUGUUUUUGCAGUUGUGUUGCGGGCUUGUGGUAUGGUAGAGUGUUUGAGUUAUGGGCGUGGAGUUCAUGGGCUUGUUGUGAAACAGAGCAGUGUAGUUGACUCGUUUGUGGAGAAUGCGUUGGUGAGUAUGUAUGGGAGCUGCGGUGCUCUUGAGGAUGCUGCGGUUGUUUUUGGUGGAAUUGAUAAGCCAGAUUUGGUGGGAUGGAGUUCGAUACUAAGUGGGUAUGUGAAGAAUGGGCUUGAGGAAGAAGGAUUGAGGAUUUUUUGUGAUAUGGUUUCAGGCGGCAUUGAGCCAGAUGCUUUUGCUUUUUCAAUGGUUCUUGGGGCGUGCACAAAUUUGGAAUGCUGGGAUUUUGGAACCCAAGCUCAUUGCUACAUAAUCAAGAUGGGUUUUGAUUCUUGUUUGUAUUUGGAGAACAGUCUGAUGGAUUUUUACGCAAAGUGUGGGGAUUUGGAGGGAAUGAGACGAGUUUUCAGUCACAUGUCUGAGAAAAAUUUGGUUUCUUGGAAUACAUUCAUCAAUGGUUAUGUUCAUAACUUCCAUUACCUUGAAGCUCUUAGGAUUUUCCAAAUUUUGAUGGAGGAAGUUUCCCAAUGUGAUGAUUUCAGUUUGUUAAGUAUUCUGAAGGCUGUUAGUGGUCUAGGUCAUCUGGAUCAUGGCAAAGAGAUUCAUGGAUAUAUCCUAAGAGCUGGCAUAGAAACAAACCGUUAUGUAGUCAGUUCUCUUUUAGAUAUGUACAUUGGGUGCAUUGAUCAUGAGAGUUUGUAUCCAAGAGUUGAGGUUCCUUUGAAGCUACUUAACUACUUAGAAGGGGGGGGAUAUGAUGAAUUUAUUAUGACAAGCUUGUUAAAGUGGUGCUCUUUGGAAUCUAGUCUUGAAAGUGGAAAAAUGUUCCACUCUCUGAUAAUAAAACUAGAUUUGAAGUCUGAUUCAUAUGUUUUGAGCUCACUGAUUGACAUGUACUCCAAAUGUGGUAUCUGGGAAGCGGCUAAAAGAGUAUUUACAAGAGUAGAACAACCAGAUACAGCUCCUUGGUCUGCCCUCAUUUCCGGGCAUUCUUGGAAUGGAUGCUUUGCAGAAGCACUGAAACUUUUCCGAAAAAUGCAGUUUGAUGGUAUCAAAGCUAACGAAUUCACUUUUACUUCUGUUAUUCUAGCUUGUCUAGCUCUGGAGAAUCUCAGAAAGGGAAAGGAACUCCACUGCAAGAUAUUGAGAUCUGGUUAUGAAUCAAAUUUUUCUGUUGUUAACACUCUCAUUAACCUUUACUCAGAACUGUGGCAGCAUAAACAAGCUCUCAAGCUCUGUUCUAUGAUUCCAGAUUCUGAGAUCUCUUGGAAUUUCUUGAUUCGAGCCUGCCUUGGGGCUGAAGACUAUGAAAUUAUUCACAAACUCCUCUGGAGAAUUCAAGUGUCUCAUGGAAAUCUUGACCCAGUCUCUGCUUGUGAUAUAUUUGCUUCCUGCUCAAGUCCAGUGCUUCUGAACGUGGGAACACAAGCACAUGCCUAUAUGACUAAAAGGGGUCUCAUCUCACACCCGACAAUCAGCAAUUCUCUCAUUCAAAUGUAUUCAGCGUGUGGAAAAUUUGAUGAGGCAGUUCAGGCAUUUAACUUGAUGCCUGAGAAGGACACUUGCUCUUGGACAUCAAUUCUUUCUGCAAGAGUUGAGCAUGGCCAUCCAUCAGAAGCUCUCAAUCUAAUCUCACAGAUGAGAUGGAAGAAUAAACCAGCUGAUCAAAGUACAUUCCGCUCAGUCCUGAAUGCCUGUGCACAAAUGGGUCUUGUAGAUGAAGCAUUCCGAUUGUUUUUCUCAAUGAAAGAGGUCUAUGGGAUUGAGCCUUUAGAAGAACAUUAUUCCUGCAUGGUUGAAGUUCUUGGGCGAGCUGGAAUGUUUGAAGAAGUUCUGGACUUCAUCAAUGGAGUUCCCACGUUUAAAUUAGGACCUUUAAUUUGGAGAACACUUCUCUCAUCCUCCCGUAUUCAUGGAAAUAUGAAGGUGGCACAAUACGCUGCUGAGAAGCUUUUAGAGCUGGAACCAAGUGACUUCUCUGCCAAUCUACUGCUCGAGCAGGUUCUUUUAACAUUAGGCGAGUGGGACAAUGCAUUAAAGCUAAAAACAAAAACUAAAUCCAUGAGAGCAAGUUCUAGCUGGAUAGAAAUAAGAAACAGAAUCUAUGAGUUUGCCUCGGACGAAAAUCCAGCAAAAGAAGUCUCCGCCAAAUUAGCAGAAAUAGAAGGCAAAAUGGAGGAAUUGGGAUAUGUGGCAGAUAAAAACCAUUUGCUUCAUAAUGCUGAAGAGGAAGAAUAUGAUGGAGUGGGUCUUCAUCACACUGAGAUGAAGGCUUUGGCGUUUGGCCUCAUUUCGUUACCCCAUGGAAUGCCUGUACGGGUAGUUAAGAAUGUUCGCAUGUGUGGAGAUUGCCAUUCUGCUUGCAAGUUCAUGUCAACCUUUCUAGAACGUGAACUGGUUGUCAAGGACCCUUACAGUUUUCACCAUUUCAGAGAUGGGAAGUGCAGCUGCAGAGAUACUUGGUAG